AUGGCUACUAAACCUGCUUUGGCUUACAAUGAUGCAGAGAAAGGGACACUGGAUGUCCGCUCUCCUCAGAUCGCCGACCUCGCCAAGGACGAGAAGAAGGCAUCAGACAUAGAGGUGUUUGCCGUGCAGUCUCUUAAGAAAGAUGCGCCUGUUACUCCCUCAAACGUCGCGAAGCCGCCGCCAGCCCCUGCCAAGCCAGCAAAGAAGAGUACACCUAUGUGGGUCCUCUGGGUGAUCUGGUAUAACUCGUAUAGGCGGUUUUUCACCGUCAUUUUCAUAGUCAACUUCAUUGGACUUGGCUUUGCGAUUGCUGGAAAAUGGCCAUACGCCGCAAAAUAUCCUGGUGCUUUGGUCGUCGGCAAUUUGAACGUUGCGGUUCUUGUACGAAACGAGAUAUUCGGGCGUUGCUUGUAUUUGUUCGUCAACACCUUCUUUGCCAAGUGGACUCCUCUGUGGUUCCGCCUUGCGUGUACCUCUACUUUGCAGCAUCUUGGUGGUAUCCAUAGCGGAUGUGCAAUCUCCGGUGUAGCUUGGAUAGUCCUUAUGGUCGUGCAUCAAUUCAAGACGAAGUAUCUCUUCAACGACUCUAUACUUGCGUUUGGUGUGAUUACCACAAUUAUGUUGUUCAUCACAAUCUGUGCUGGUCUUCCGUGGGUCCGUAACACCCACCACAAUGUAUUCGAGCGGAAUCAUCGUUUCUUCGGAUGGACUUCCCUGUGCAUGACCUGGGUAUACACUAUCGUGACCAAUGCCUAUGAUUCUGCGGACGGAAAGUUCGACCACGUUGGUCGAUACGUCGUCCAACAGCAAGCCUUUUGGUACACAGUCGGAAUGUCCGUCUUCAUUGUCCUACCUUGGAUCUGCACGAGACACGCUAAGGUCGACAUUGAACUGCCCUCUCCGAAAGUCGCUGUUCUCCGCUUCGAGCGCGGUAUGCAACAGGGUCUGCUUGCUCGUAUCAGUCGUUCAGCUGUCAAGGAAUAUCACGCUUUCGGUAUCAUCUCCGAGGGUACCCAUGCAAAAUAUCACUACCUGAUUUGCGGUGUGCAAGGUGAUUUCACUAAGAGCCUUGUCAAUGACCCGCCGAGAAGGAUUUGGACUCGUGAGCUGAAGUUCGCUGGUGUCUCCAAUACGUCGACCCUUUACAAGCGUGGAAUCCGUAUCUGCACUGGAACUGGUCUUGGCGCUGCCCUUUCUACUUGCAUUCAAUCUCCCUACUGGUACCUAAUUUGGAUCGGCUCCGAUCAAGAGAAGACAUUCGGCCCAACCAUUAGUGGUCUCAUUCACAGGCAUGUCGGUCCAGAGCGUCUCCUUCUUUGGGACUCCAAGAUCCGUGGUGGUCGUCCACCCACCAUGAAGAUCUUGAAGGAGGUAUACGACUCCUGGCAGGCGGAAGUUGUCUUCAUUACUUCCAACUACGUGGGCAAUUUUGAGAUCCAGCAUGGUUGCAAGGAACUUGGGAUUCCUGCAUUCGGAACUCUUUGGGACUUUGUGAGUGACUCGCCAGAAUUUUGUUGCUGGUGGAGCUGA